CCUCUUCAUGUCACUUCAACUUAGAUUACAUCACUUCAAAGAAAAUCAUCUCUUCCUCGUCGAUACAACUUUGCUAACUUUCCGACAAAAGUAUAACAAGAGUUCAAUGGCGGUUUCUAAUUCUCUAACAAUCUCUCCAAGAAAACUCCGGUCUGACCUUUACUCUUACUCGAACCAAGACAAUACCAAGACACCGCUGGUUAUCUCUGUUUUAUCUUCUCUUAUCGACCGAACUCUAACUCGAAACCAGAGAAUCAGUCGUAAAGCUUCGCCGGCCUCGUCUACUUCCGGCCGGAGUGGCAAAACUGAGAUCUUUGAUUGCCGUGAAAUUCCAGAUAUGACCAUCCAAUCGUACCUAGAGAGAAUUUUCCGGUACACUAAAGCCGGUCCAUCGGUUUACGUGGUGGCUUAUGUCUACAUUGACCGGUUCUGUCAACUCAAUCCCGGUUUUAGAAUCAGUCUCGCUAAUGUACAUAGCCUCUUAAUCACCACCAUCAUGAUCGCUUCUAAAUACGUCGAAGAUUUGAAUUACAGAAAUUCAUAUUUUGCCAAAGUAGGUGGAUUAGAGACAGAGGAUUUGAACAAAUUAGAGUUAGAGUUUCUGUUCUUGAUGGGAUUCAAGCUACAUGUUAAUGUGAGUGUGUUCGAGAGUUAUUGUUGUCAUCUCGAAAGAGAGGUCAGCUUUGGAGGAGGUUAUCAGAUUGAGAAGGCAUUGCGUUGCGCCGAAGAAAUCAAAUCUAGACAAAUGAUCGUUCAAGAUCCUAAACAUCAUCAUCAUCAUCAUCAUCAUCAGUUUGCUCGAGUCUUUUUGUAGACAAAGAAACUCUUCUUUUUUAGUUCGUAGUUUUGUCGUUUGUGCUUGUGAUCUUGACUUUCUGUUGGUCAGAGUUUUAUUGGCAUGGUGUUGGUGUAAAUGUAAAUAUAAUUAAGUAGAGAUAGCAGUGAUGUAUGUACUGAGCAUUGUAUAUAGAUUCACUAUCUAUUGAAGUUG